GGGUCCAGCAAAGGCUGAUCCCCCAGCUACACUCCUUGAGGUCUGUCCUGGGGAGACCGCUGCUCUAGGGGGCUGACCUGGCCGGGAAUUGCCGCGCACUCCGCUCCUACAGCACUUUGUGCACGCUGCCACGGGCGCUUCAACUCCAGGAUCUGUACUCGCCCCAGGACACCCUCUUCCCUUCCUAGUCAUGCACCUCUACCUGCCUCUCCACCGGGGACGUUUGCGGAGUAGUAGCCCACCCCGGGUGCUCGGGCCCUGACCGUGCCGGGUGACUAAAUCCUCACGUGACCAAGAUCGGCAACACUUCCAGAUUCUCCUCAGAAGGAAGACUUUGUAAAGGACCAAUGACUCUGUGUCCUGCAGUCUUGCAUGUUCUACUCUGCAGCCAUGUCUCGGUCCUGCAAUGCAAAGCCUUCCAAAUCGGUCAAAGCAAAGCUACACAAAAAGAAAAGCUGCCUGACGAAGAAGAAGAUAUCAAAGCAGGCUGCCAAACAUGGGGCAUCAGGGAAGGCCGUGAACCCUGGGAAACUGAAGCAGGUAAUUCAAGGAAGAGUUGGUAAGAAAGAGACAGAAGACAAAACCCCCACGCCGGCCCCAAGUCUUCUGACAAGAGCCGGGGCUGCCCGAAUGAAUAAGGAUCGCUCACAAGUCGUUUCUCAGAACCCAGAAUCCUUAACUUGCAACGGGUUUACCAUGGCUCUUCGAAGGACCUCUCUUAGCUGGCGGCUCUCCCAGCGCUCCGUAGUUACACCAAAACCUAAGAAAGUGCCACCUUCAAAGAGUUCUGGGAAGCAGCAGUGUAAUCUUAAUACCCAAAGCGACACGGGGAUGGAGUACUCAGAAAACGAUUCUGUCCCCAGCCAGGAUGCCAUCAUGUCCACAGACACAGAGAGGCUAACUGAUGAACAGAACACGUCUUUAGUUGAAGGUGAGAGCCAAGAGAUAACCCAGUCUUGGCCUCAAAGGGUAGAAGAUUCCCAAAGCUGUCUUUCCGCAGAUGAGAACCCUGCGGCGGAGCACCUUUCUGGGCCAGCGGAAGGGACACACUGUGAGGGACCGCUCUCUCAGGAGACAGCAGAUGAAGUGAGCGCUGCCGCCCCUCUGGAGCGUGCUCCCUCGCCCCAAAGAUCAACUCCCGAAGUCACCUCUCAGAAUAACACUAGCAAUCAGUUAGAAGAAGUGGGGUCACAAGAAGAGUCUGUGAAGCCACCUGUCCCUUCUCUGAAUCCUGCGGAACGGGAACACAGUUGCUUUCCCGCCUCCAGUUCUUUUAAGCUCGUACCGGAACUGGACCUUAAAGCUUGCAUGUCUCUUGAUGGCUCUAUAUAUCCCACAGCUCUGAUAAAAUUCCUCUUGGCGGGCUCACAGCCAGAUGUCCUGGAUACUAAACCCCAAGAAGAAACCCCAGAUCAAGGAGGAUGCCACCCAGAUCAGGUUCUGGUGGCCACUUCUGUCCUGGGAGCGGCUUUCAGUACGAGCCCACAACAGUGGGGAUUUCCUGGUGCUACCUUAGUUCCUAGUGAGGACAUGGGCAAGGUCUCAGACUCCCCAGAGGGUCUUGGUGCUAUUACUAUGCUAAACCAACAAGAAACUAUGGGUGUGGAUAUGGGUGUUUCCCCAGACCUGCCUAUCUUCCUUUCCUCGCCUCCAAACACAGUUGCUACCUACAGUAGUUCCUCCGGGCCCGAGCCCCACACCUCUGCCUCCUGUGGGCUUGAGGUCCAAGGUGCUGUACCGAUUCUAACUUUGGACUCAGGACACACAUCCCAAGCCCCACCCAUCUCUGCGUCAAGUUCAAUACCUCCAGUAAUCGCUGCAAACAGGAUACAAGCUGAGAAGUUGUGUGCAAGCCCUUUUCCAGCUAUCACACAUGGCUUUACAAUUGUCCCCGAGGAGGAACCCCAGCACGCGCCGCUGGAUCUUACCCAGGCCUCUCAGGCUGCUCCCGGCAAAUUGGAAGGAGGGAUUUCUCAGGUCAGCGUGACCAGCUCAGCUGAUGUCAAAACCACAGGGAUGCCUGUGCCAGUUCCACAGUGUAAAUCUACACCGCCAAUAGCGGAGAAGAGGAAACGCAAGCCUUGUGGGGUCUGUGGGCCCUGCCAGCAGAAGGCCAACUGUGGCGAGUGUACCUACUGCAAGAACAGAAAGAAUAGCCACCAGAUCUGUAAAAAGAGGAAAUGCGAGGUGCUCAAAAAGAAGCCAGCGGCCACCGCACAGGUACAGGUUACAAAAGAAAACAAGAGGCCCCAGAGGGAAAAGAAGCCCAAAGUUUUAAAGACAGACAUUAACAACAAACCAGUAAAUGGCCCCAAAUCGGAGUCCAUGGAAUACGGUAGAUGUGGUCAUGGGGAAGAAGAGCAGAGACUGGAUUUGAUCACACAUCCUCCUGAAAAUGUAAGGGAAAAUGCAGGAAGUAUGACGGGAGUCGAGGUGGAGAAGUGGACCCCAAACCAGAAAUCACACUUAGUGGGUCAAAUCAAGGGAAGCCUCGGUGCAAAUUUAACCGAGGUUGAAAAUUCCCAGCCCCCUGAAGAUGACAAGCAACAAAUUAAACCUUCCCCGACGUUUGCACAGACCAUAAGAAACGGCAUGAAGAAUGUACACUGUUUACCCACGGACACAAACCUUCCCCUGGACAAGUUCAAUCUUGAAGAAUUUAGCAAGGUAUUGGGAAAUAACUCCUCUAAAUUGCCGACUGACCCCUCAAACUGCAGCGAUGCCAUGAGCUCCGUCACUUCCGAGGGGAGUUGUGAUCAUCUCAAGGGAACAGGGAACAUCUUGCUUUUCCAGAAGCCGGGCUCGAACCGUAGAUCUGGUGCAGAAUCCGCCAUCUUUAAUAAUCAUGCCAAUACACACAGUGCUGGUGGUCAACCUCAAACGCCUGAGAAGUUACUCAGUAAAGAGCCCAAAGACGGCUCUCCAGUUCAGCCAAGUCUUUUAUCCCUGAUGAAAGACAGGAGGUUAACCUUGGAGCAAGUGGUCGCCAUAGAGGCCCUUACUCAGCUCUCAGAAGCUCCGUCAGAGAACUCCUCCCCAUCCAAGCCAGAGAAGGAUGGAGAAACAGACCAGAGGACGGCUAGUCUGCUUAACAGCUGUAAGGCUAUCCUUUGUUCGGUGAGAAAAGACCUCCAAGACCCAAACUUACAAGGAAAGGGUCUUCACCGUGACACCGUCUUUUUCAAUGGCCAGAACAGAGCGUUCAAGUCACCUGACAGUUCAACUUCUAACCGGGUACUUACAGAGUCACAAGGCCAUUCAAUUUCACCUAUAGCUGAUAGGAAAUGUGCUGCUGGAGGUCAAGAUCCCCCUCCGUUGCCGGUAGAAGGGCCUAACCUAGAAAACUGUGGUCGGGUACCGAACAGCGAUCAAAAAUUGAAGUCCCAUGAUCCACCAUGCCAGGAUGCACCCUACAGUCAAAUUGAAGAAGAUGUCGCAGCACAGUUAACCCAACUUGCAUCCGCAAUUAAUUACAAUCACAUAAAGCGAGAGGUCAAGGAUGCUGAAAGUACACCGGGGAGCCUCCCCGUAAAGACCGCACAGCAAAAACACAGUCAGGAGAAAGGCCUGAUACAACCGAAACCACCUUCAAGUAUACAAAGUAAACCUAGGGUGCCGUCAGCAAAGCCAAAGAAGAAGACCCAGAAAAAAGCAAGGCCGACCCCGUACGCAGACAAGCGGAAAAAGAAACCCCCAGUCUUGGACUCUCAGGAAAAUGAUCAGAAGAUACGAGAGCACCUGGCAAGUCAGUACAGUAAGAUGCAUGACAUUUGGAUGUCAUGCAAAUUUCAAAGAUUCGGCCAGUCUGGUCCACACGAUUUUCCUGCUCUGUUGGGAAGUAUUCCUAUCUUUGACCAAAUACUAAAGCCGGUGGCUCAUAGUAACACAUCCUUGCAACACAAUAAGUUAUUUCCUCCUGUCAGUCAGAUAAAAUUCACAAGAAGCCCUGAGUUGGCAAAGGAGAAAAUGAAGGUUGACCCAUCGGAUUCUCUGCCUGCUUGCCAAUUCAAGACGGAGCCCAGCUGGCAGGCAUGCGCAGAGCCAGCGGAUAACUCUCAGGUACAGCCUACUGUGAAUGUCAAUCAGAAAGCUCACCCUCUGCCCCAGGCCCCUAACCAGUGUGCUAAAGCGAACCAGUGUGCUAACGUGACGGCUGGUGCUGCUCAAACACAGCUUCAUCUAGGCGCUCAAGAGAACCUGGUGCAUCUGAUACCACCGACGUUGCCUGGUACCUCUCCUGAGACACCCUUGCCAGACCCAGCAUCCAUCCUCAGGAAAGGGAACGUGUUAAGUUCCAAUGGAAUUACAGUCGUUACUGCAAAGCGUGAAGCUCAGGCAUCGAGCAAUGGACCACUGGGUGAUACUACCGCACACGGUGCACAGGCAGAUUUUAAUGAGAGCGUCAUGAACUUCCUUAGCGAGCCUGCAAAAAAUCUGCUAGCUGGAGUGAGUGACUCAGAAGACCCAACUUGUCACUGUCUUGAUCGAGGUACACAAAAAGACAAAGGCCCAUAUUAUACACACCUUGGGGCAGGACCAAGUGUUGCUGCCGUCAGGGAGCUCAUGGAGACUAGGUAUGGCCAAAAGGGAGAGGCAGUCCGAAUCGAGAAGAUAGAGUACACGGGGAAAGAAGGCAAGAGCUCUCAGGGCUGCCCGGUCGCCAAGUGGGUACUUAGAAGAAGUGGUCCUGAAGAGAAAGUCCUUUGUCUGGUGCGAGUGCGUGUAGGCCACUACUGCCAGACAGCUGUGAUGGUUGUGGUUAUCCUGCUGUGGGAAGGCAUCCCCCGCCUGAUGGCUGACCAACUGUACAAAGAGCUCACGGAGAACCUAAGGUCCUACAGCGGCCAUCCCACUGACCGAAGAUGUACCCUCAACGAAAACCGUACCUGCACCUGUCAAGGCCUCAAUCCAAAGACAUGUGGAGCAUCUUUCUCCUUUGGCUGCUCGUGGAGCAUGUAUUUCAACGGCUGUAAGUUUGGGAGAAGCCCAAACCCCAGAAAAUUCAGGCUUGCUCCAAACUAUCCCUUAAACGAAAAAAAGCUUGAAGAGAAUUUACAGAACUUGGCUACAGAAUUAGCUCCACUUUAUAAGCAGAUGGCUCCAGUUGCUUAUCAGAAUCAGGUGGAAUAUGAAGAUGUUGCUGGAGACUGCCGACUUGGUACUAAGAAAGGCCGUCCUUUCUCUGGUGUCACCUGUUGCAUGGAUUUCUGUGCCCAUUCUCACAGGGACAUUCACAACAUGAAUAAUGGAAGCACUGUGGUUUGUACUUUGCUUCGGGAAGAUGGCCGUGACACGACUAUUCCAAAGAACGAGCAGCUCCACGUCCUCCCUCUACACCGGCUCGCAGACACUGACGAGUUUGGCUCCCGGGAAGGGAUGGAAGCCAAGAUCCAAUCAGGAGCCAUCCAAGUCAAUGGACCAUCCAGAAAGAAGCAACUACGUUUCAAUGAGCCUGUUCCUCGAUGUGGAAAGAAGAGGGCCAAAAUGAUGGAGCAGAACAAGAAAGCGGCUGCCGCAGGCCUCAGAAGGAAGAGGAACCCCGCCUCCCACAACACUAAAAGCUAUUCACCAGACUCAUUGACUCUUCACCCAGAGAAAGACGAAUCAACAGACUUCCGCCCCCUGCAGGCCUCCUCCACGAAAACAUCUACCUGUAUGUACAAUCAAACAGCCUCAGGCGCGUUUCCAGAAACAAGUAGCAUUCUCCACUGCGCAAUGCCUUCUGGAACACACAGUGGUGCUAAUGCAGCUGCUGGGGAGUGCGCUGGCAUGGGACAGCCUGGGGCAGCGGCUGCUCUUCCUCACCAGUCUCUCCCUACAGCAGAUCCCCCUGUUAAUGCUGAGCCUCUCACUAGUGCGCCCGAGCAGCUAACUUGUAACCAGUCAAACCAGCAGCCCCAGGUCCUCAGCUCUCCUCAUAACCUGGCUUCCGGUCAGGUGAAAGAUGAACAGCGCCCUGAAGCAGAUCGGCCUCUGUCAGAUGACCUGUCCUCCGACGAGGAUAACGUCCCUCAAAUUGACGAGUUUUGGUCAGACAGUGAGGAGAUCUAUUUUGACCCCAGCUUUGGUGGCGUGGCGAUAGCACCCAUUCACGGCUCAGUGCUGAUUGAAUGCGCCCGGAGAGAGCUGCACGCUACCACCUCUUUGGGAUGUCCCAACCGAUAUUGUCCUCUUCGGGUGGCCCUUGUAUUCUACCAGCACAAAAACCUGAAUAAGCCCAAACACGGUUUUGAUAUCAAUAGGAUUAAGUACGAAUCUAAAGUUAUAAAGAAAAAACCCGCGGACCGCGAGGGUCCUGAUUUAUCCCCAGAAGCCAAUCGAUCGUACCAAAUUCCUUUCCGUGUGGCUUCAACCUUAACCCAUGACAAUAUUGUCACUGUGUCCACUUACGCUCUCACUCAUGUUGCAGGUCCCUAUAACCAUUGGGUCUAAAGGCUUUUCUCCCAUAAUGCCUUUGCUAGUUCGGUGUAGUUUUUACGGUGCUGUUCAAAAGGACGUCAUGUUGUUGUUUACUGUCUUUCACUUCACCCGUUUUAACUCUGAGGUUAAAAUUUAAACAAACAAACAGACAAAAUGGGGUGGGUACUUAACUGUGACUAUAUUUUGAGAAUCGGUAGAAGGUGCAGUUUUUCAGCAAAAAUAAAAUUUUUAUAGUUUUAAAUACAUAAAGAAAUCUCUUGGUUAGGUGUUGACCGUGCUAGAACCAGGGUUUGGUGCUUUUACAUUAAGCUCAUUUGCUAUGAAGAGGAUUUUAACAGGUUUCUGCAAUAAGAUGUAAAAACCAAGAUGCACAGUGUUAACUCUAUACAGUUCCUGGUGCUUUACCCACCCACAUCAACACAUGUAGGAAUGAGCUGAACGGUUGUUUCAUGGUGCCAUUGUGCAAGUAUCUUCCAAUCAUUGCUAUCACGUCUGCACAUUUCUUUGAAAUAAACCAAUGAGAUGCUUUUUUCCCUCUUAAACUAUUUCUCCUGUAUAAAGGAAUUCUUUAUUCUAGUGAUGGUUGGAGGCUGUUCGUUAACUGUAAAUAUAUAUAUUUUAAAAAGCACUUUCUAUUUUUAAAAGUAACUUGAAAUAGUAUAGCCGCAGAAUCCUGUUGUCUGUUAUGUGUGCAUAUUUGCAUACCAGAGACGUCUUUUCUUCUUGCUGUGUGAGCUCCAUCCUGUUAACCGCAGCCUGUAUUCAAAUAUUCUAUGAUUAGUGUUCUUUACCUAUAAACUAGAGGAUCUCUAAGAAAAGGAAAAUACAAAAUACCACCAAUGUCAAUUUCUCCCUUUUAACUAGAAAAAGUAUUGUCUUCUGAAGAAACCCCCAUGAUUUAAGUAUAUGACCCAUGACAGGUGUUUUCAAAGAGAGAGAGGACAAAUUUGGAUCAGUCAAAUGUUUCAAGAUGAGUUUGGGUUUUUUGGUUUGGUU